CAAGAAGAAGCCGAUGAUGACAUCAUCAACAUGCGACGCCUGAUACCAGCGUUCCAUGCUUUUCUUUUUUGGUCAAUGUGGUAUUAAACAUUUCUGUGAACUCCACGCGUAACGGAGAUGCUCACAAUGUGCACAUGUCGACUGGAGAAGGUGCCAGAAUCAGUGAGGUGAACACAAGCAUCUCUGAUUUAACCUUUUUUUUUUCUCUGAGUUCAAAUAUUAACACAAGCUUGAGCUGGGUGUAUGAAUGGCAUCGAUAAAACACAGACAUUUCCAACCAAGCAAAUUGCCAGGUUAUCUCACAUGAUCUUUAUUGGAGGUGUACUGGAUAAAGAACCCCCAACACAAAGUGAAGUACCACGAGUAAACAAGCGAAUCCAUGCCUUCAAUGAAGGGAGUUUCACAUCUCUCCAGGCGGGCCAAGAGACGUCUGUAUUGUCAAUUGCAGCUGUGGAUGUGGCGGCAAUGGAGAGAGAAGUGCUUUGGGAGUUUUAUGAGGUGCAGAAGAUUGGUGCAAAUCAGGCGCUACAGAUCGUGCCUCAGCAUCGGGGCACAGAGAAGUAAAAAAAACUUUCACAGGUGCCCUUCACCAGUUCAGGGACAAUCGCAAAUGAAGACAUCCACUUUUGAGUCAGACCUCGGACAUGCUAGCAAAACAACACAUUUUUCGGCAAAAUCCGACUCUCCCUGCACCGUCCCACAAACCACAAGCACGGCGCCAGAAAGCAUUGCAGAAUAUGCAUUUGCAAAUCCUUCGGAAGUAAUACUCACUGGGCUGGAUCCUCAUGUUACGAAACGAAGAAAAGGUGUUUGUGAGCAGAAGCUUGCUGGUGACCAGUCAGGACGAUGCACGGCUGCCCAUCAAGAAAUACUUGAUGCCAAAAUCUCCAGCAAGAACAAAACACCCCCUCAAAUUGAAGUUGGCCUCUCAGAACUGACAGACCGUAUCGAUGAAUAUCUCGGUGACUUCUUCACUAUGUACGGAACUUUCAUCCCUCUACAGAAAAGCGAUGUGUUGAGCCACCUGGAGAAAAUGUUCAACGCCGAUUUCACUGACAGGAGAAAUUUCAUCUCUGAGUUGGUCCAACGUAGAAUCUCUCCAGCGCUUUGGAAUCCUGCUCCCUCCUUCCGGGUGGUCUUCAAAAAACACACCCUGACACUGGAUGAUUUGUCCACGCUGGCCCAUCAAAAUUGGCUCAAUGACCAGGUUAUAAACAUGUACGGGGAGUUGAUUAUGGAAGCUGCCCAACACAAGGUGCAUUUUCUCAACAGUUUCUUCCACCGACAGCUCAUGACCAAGGGUUAUAACGGUGUUAAGAGAUGGACAAAGCAGGUUGAUUUGUUCUCCAAGAGUCUCCUGUUGGUACCCGUCCAUCUGGAGGUUCACUGGUGUCUCGUAACCACAGAUGUCGUCAGAAAGAAAAUCUGUCUCUUUGACUCUCAACGGAAUGCGUUGCACAAAGUUGCACAGAACAUCCUCAAGUACUUGACGGCGGAAGCGAGAGAGAAGCAACGCGCGUCUUUCGUCAAUGGUUGGACCGUGUCAUUAGAUGAGAACGUCCCACAGCAAACCAACGAGAACGACUGCGGCGUUUUCGUCUUGGAGUAUUCCAGAUGCCUUGCCUUGGCACAGCCGCUCUGCUUUUCACAGAGAAACAUACCAAAGAUACGCAAGCGAAUCUAUAAAGAGCUCUGUGAAUGUAAGCUCCGUGAAGAGGCUCAACAAUGACAUUCUGUCCCUCCUCCCAAAAAAACGUUUGGGAUUUCCAGUGCACAUGUUUCUGAGAGUGGCUUCAAAUUUUCAUGGCGUUGCGAGAACGUCUUCCGCCGCGUGCCGUUUUGUCAAGGACAUAUCCUGUUUCCGAGAAACUUGACGUGGAGCGGCAUGACGGUCAAAAAGCUUCUCAAACCGGCCUUCAACUGAAGUUGCAGGUGGAAAAACUUUGCAAUGGCGAGGCCACAGACAGCGAGAAGUGGCCAAUGAGCUUUGACUUUGGCCCAGGCUAUCAUCAGGAAGAGUCACGUGCGUUCAAAAACUUCCACCUGACUUCACCCGAGAAGCUGAUGGUGCAUUUUAAGUUCAGGCUAAAAUUGCACUCGGAAUACCCAAAUCGCGGAACUCUUUUUUUGAGUCUGCAGAUUUCUCAUUCGAAGUGAUCGUCGCAGUUGCGGCUAUCCGUACAGCAGUGAACCCCGAAGUGGAUCUCGUCAUUGGUCGCAAUUUCCAGGCGGAGCCCUCAUGCUAACGUGAUUGCUCUCUAAACCUUAUUUAGCAAUAGGCACAUAUUUAGAAUAAAAAUCUCACAUUACACCAACAAAUGAAAACUUGACCAAAUCAUGUACACUGAAAUCAUACCGAUCUCAUCUGAAUUUACUCAUGUUAAAUUUGGGCCCGAUUACUCCUCACUGAUUGAUGGCUUUGAUAUUAAAAUAGCAUCAGAUGUUGACAAAGGUGCUUUUCCUGUUUGACUUGACCAAGUGAGCCUUUCUGUACUCUCACAACUGCCUAUUGUUAAAGUUCCUAUAUUUUGGGGUUAUUUCCUGUUUUUCCCGUUUUUGUUUUUUUUAUCAAGUGUGCAUCUUUUUACAAAGAAUAAACUAAACUGUGCUUCUUACGGCAUACAACGGUGUAUCUGCAACAGCAGACGGCAGAAUAGAGUAUUUUCUUGUAUGGAGAAGUGGACUAUGAACUCUAUAGUAUUUAUUUUUUUUGUUGUUUGUAAAAUGUUAGACCGAAUGUUACUACAAAAUUAAAAUGCAUUUACAUGGA